AUGAAGCCAGAUGUAGAGGUGUUCUUCACCAACCCGAUGGAGCUGGCGCGCCGCUGUUUAGCAUCGUUCACACAAGCCGCGCAGAAAAUGCAGACCGUCAGUGAUUUCCAGAACGGCCACAGACAGCGACUCAUGGAGCAUUUACGGAACGAAGUUCGUGCUCACCAGCUGAACGCUCGCGCAAACAGUCAGCUUGAAGCGCGGUGCCAGCAGCUGGAGAAGCGCUGUCAGCAGCUGGAGCAGCAGCUGAUUGGGAUGCAGGCUCGCAAGAGCCCCCGCAACUCGCCGGGCUUCCUGAGCGGCAUGGUGAGCUCGCGGCCCAUGUGUCGGGACUCGCCUCAGGCGGCGGCCGCGCCCUCCUGCAGCCCUUACAUGGACGUGGUGCGCCGGUCGCGGCCGUUCGAGCUGGCGGCGUCGGCCGGCGGCGGCGACAGUCUGCCGAUGGCCACCAGCCCCCAGCAGACCGGCCAGCGCCAGACCUCGCUGCUCGCCAAGCUGUUCGCGUCGCCCGGCGUUCCACAGUCGCCCAACAACAUCUGA